CAAGUGAAAAUGCUGGUUGCGAUCUUGGCUACCGCCACCGGCUAUUACGCCCGAGCGCCGGCGCGGCCCGCGGUCGACGUCCGCAUGGCCGCCAAGCGCGGCGGUGGCGGGAAGGGCUUUGCGAGCAAGCAGCAGGCGUCGGCGGAGGGCGCGCAGGGCGGCGGCAGCCUCCUGGAUGCGGCGGGCGGGCAGUCGGCGAUCUCUGAGGCGGAGGCCGCCGCGGCGCGCGGCCGGAGCGCGCUCGAGGCGAUGCGGCAGGCGGCUGGCGCUGAUCCGGACGAGGCGCGCCGCGGCCGGGCGGCGCUCCGGCAGACGGCGUACACGGCAGAGGAGAUGUCGCCGGUCGAUCCGAGUGCGGGCGUGAUGCCCGAGGUGGUCUCGAACCGGAUGCUCUCGCGCGUGGUCCCCUUCGCGGGACUGCCCGUGUUUGGCUCCUUCCUCGUCUUUGUCGGCGCUUACUAUGCAAACACGCAGCUCGACCUCGACGUACCGCCGCAGGUGAUCGCGUACGCGACGCAGGCGUGCUUUGCUCUCUCCUUUGCCGGCAUCACGUGGGGCGUCCUCUCCACCUCUUGGGACGAGGAGACGGAGGGCUCGCUGCUCGGCACGGAGCAGGUGGGCAGGAACGUCGCCAUGAUGCGCGACGGCAUGGCGCGGGGGCGCGCGGCGGCGGAGGAGGAGAACGCGGAGAUCGAGGCGGCGGACGACGGCGUCCUGAUGUCGCGAGAGAUGCUCGAGCGCGACAAGGCGCGCCGCGCGCGAAAGAGUGACUCGAAGCUGCCGCCGAUCGUGUGAGACGCUCCGGGUGGAGCCCCUCGAUGGCUCGCGUCGAGACGAGGACUUGCGAUUUCGAGAGAACGCCGCGGCGGGUCCCUGCGUUUGCGUCCGCGACGCGAUUUGACCGCGCGGUUUUUCCCUUGCCCCUUGCGGGUGUGUCGUGUGACUGAGUCGGCGAAAAUAAAGAUUUGUUAUAAGU